UGUCAUGUUUGACGUUACGUGAAUACGUCAUUGUUAUGAGAAUAUAGCACGAUAUUUAAUUUAGAAUUUAGUUAAGACCCUUGCAUAAAAAUCCAUGAUAAACCUUAAAAAUUAGUCACUACUCAAUCGGCGAUACUUCAACAAACGGAAAAAUGUCUCAAUUCAAAACCAGUAGUUCCGAAAGAACCAGUAUUCAUGAUAUGUUGAAAGAUAUUCCGCCCAAUGAAACCAAAGGGCUGUCGACUUGUAAAAGCUCACCUGCCAUCCUAACUCCAACCACACCUGUACAAAAUGAUGAUGCUACCGUUUUAAAAACAUCCUCUAGGAUAGAAAACCUGAAAAAUUGGUCUAUAUCCACUUAUAAAUGCACCAAACAAUUAAUGUUUGAAAAGUUAGGGAAAUCUUCACGAACUGUUGAUGCAGAAUUAGAAUCUCAAAUAGAGCAACUUCGCGAUACUCAACGUAAAUAUUUAAAUAUAUUACGUUUGGCAAGAAGUUUAACAAGCCAUUUUUACCACGUCGUCCAAACGCAACAUGCUCUUGGCGAAGCAUUUUCUGAGUUAGCUCAAAAAUCCCCGGAACUCCAAGAAGAGUUCCUUUACAACUCAGAGACGCAACGUAAUUUGACAAAAAAUGGGGAGACUUUGCUUGGGGCGCUUAACUUUUUCACCUCAUCCGUGAAUACGUUAUGCAAUAAAACGAUCGAGGAUACACUGCAAAGUGUAAGACAGUACGAAGCCGCGCGGAUAGAGUACGACGCAUAUCGAAGCGAUCUCGAAUGUCUUUCCAAUAAACCGGACGCUCCCAUGGGGUUGGAGGAUGCACAACAUGAAUACGAGGUUCAUAGACAACAUUUUAUGAAGCUACGAGCGGAAGUUGCUAUUAAAAUGAAGUUUUUAGAUGAGAAUAGGAUUAAAGUGAUGCAUAAACAAUUGUUAUUGUUUCAUAAUGCGGUGUCUGCCUAUUUUUCUGGUAAUCAAACUGCCUUAGAAGCAACACUAAAGCAGUUCAACAUAAAAAUUAAAACACCAAACUCCGCGUUUCCGUCAUGGUUGGAACAGUAGCGCCAUAAGUGUUUGGACUGCGACGCGGAGUAACUUAUUAUUCCACAUUUCCAUUCUAGUCGAAACUUGUUUCUUGCAUUAUUAAUUAAUCGUACUUAAUUAUAUUUUUGUAUAUAUUAAUUUUGUAUUACGAACCAAUUUGUAUUUGAGGGAACCUUUGGUUUUGCUUUAUUAUUAAUUCCUUUUUUAAUUAAUUUAUUAAUUAAUUAAUUUAAUUCUAAAAGAAUUGAUUGGUUGUAUUUUUGUAUUGAAUCUCGACAUUUUUAGCAUUUUAGUGUUAUUUAAAUGAGGCGUAUUCGUAAAAAAAAAAAAAA